AUGCACAGAACAGGUCCUCAUAUCAAAAAGAGGCCACAACGUGAAUCCUUGGAUGGCAUUUCUUUCAUGAAAGGGGUUGCAUUGAGAACGCUCAUCAAGAAACCAAAGAGACCGAACUCGGCCAACAGAAAAAGCGUCUUGGUUAGAUUAUCGAAUGGAAAAGAGAUGGUGGCGUAUAUACCAGGAAUAGGUCACAAUCUGCAGGAACACAAAAUUAUCCUGUGUAGGGUAGGAAGAGAGUACAAGACUGUCCUGGUGUCAAAAUAA